UUGGGCAUCUGCUGCAUGUCGAACAAAGCCGCUUCUGGUCCGAUGACGAAUAUCCUCCGACGUCUCGGACGGUCCUUCGAUGUCGUCGUCUUUCCGGAAGAGGUGAUACUGAAAGAGGGAGUGGAGAGGUGGCCAGUUUGCGAGUGUCUCAUCUCCUUCGACUCCAUGGGCUUCCCAUUAGAUUGAGGCUCCAAAACUAUAGAUUGAGAUCAUUCCCAUUAGAAUUGAAUAGAUUAAGGGCAAGUUUCUUCUGUUUCCUUCUAGGGAAUCUGAAAAAAUGAAUUGACGAAGUGAAUUGUUUCAGCUCUAAUUAGCAAAGGCCGUAGAAUACGUCAAACUACGACGACCUGUGGAGAUAAACUCGUUGCAGCAGCAGUCGUUACUGAGGGAUCGCAGAUUGGUGUACGAGAAAUUGAGGCAAUAUAAUAUCCCGACACCAAAUUACGUCUACGUUGAAGACCAUCAUGAUAGUGAAAGGUACUGAGUCUACAUUCAAAUUACGUCUAGGUGGAAGACCAUCAUGAUAGUGACAGGCAUUCUUAUCUACAAUGCUCUUGUACUUAAUGUUUAUCACAAUCUUGUAGCGAUAGAUUUGAUUUUUUUGACAAAGGUCGUUGGAGAUGCGUGAUCUAGAGGGGACAACAUCAGGUAACAUGGUAAAAGAUCUGCGUCUACGUAUCCGUCAUUGACAUUACAAAACAAACUCAAAGGUUCCACGAAACUGACGAUUACAUCGUAUGGGAUGGGCAGAAAAUCUACAAACCCUUCGUAGAAAAGCCUCUAGACGGUGACGACCAUAAUAUCUACGUCUACUAUCCUAUGAGCAGUGGGGGAGGGAUUAAGAGGCUGUUCCGUAAAGUGCACAACAAGUCCAGCGAGUAUGAUCCGGCGACGCACGCUGUUCGUAGGAAUAUGCCUUACAUCUACGAACCUUUUAUUUCGACAGGAGGAACGGAUAUUAAGGUGUUUGCAUUAAAAUUGGUGUGAUAGAUAUGUGAAGAGUUUACUCCACUUCUUGUUACCCAGAAGAUACUAUGCCAAUGUCCUCUACUACCAUUUCCACGAAAACGAAGGAAAGCUUCACGACCUUCAACAAAGGACUACCACAGCCACAAGUACGAUCGAACACAAAUUUGAAAGAGCCAACAUCUUCAGUUGUUCCAACUAACGCUUUCGCAAUUACUAAGAAGUACAUCACUACCUACUACAGGUCUACACAGUAGGUCUGAACUACUCCCAUGGUGAGGCUCGAAAAGCUCCUACUGUUGAUGGGGCAGUCCAGCGAAGCAAGGACGGCAAGGAGGUCCGCUAUCCCAUUAUCCUCAGUCAGAUCGAAAAGCAAAUCGCGCAAACAAUCGUAGAAGCUUUUGGUUAUGAUGAAUGACUCGCGGAAAAAGUGUCGUGUAGAUAACUAGAAGUCUUGUAGAAGUUUGGUUCAGGCUAGCAGUCGUCUGGUAGUAAGCAUAUUUGUAGAUUAAGUUGUCACUCAUGAAGCGACUUCCCCUAUGACAUCUAGUCGAAGAUGCUUGUUCUUCCUCCUUUCAUAUCGGACAAGCAGUCUGCGGCUUCGAUAUUUUGCGAACGAAAGGUUUUUUUCCUGUAGUGUGCGACGUUAACGGUUGGUCAUUCGUAAAGGGAAACAGCAAAUACUACGAGGAUUGCAGUCUACAGCUAAAGAGGUUCUUCUACGAAAGACUGAAGUCGGGACCCUCAGGCGAGAAGUGGGCCAUGCUCACGCUGGAGGAUGAUGCGCUGCAACUUGUUGAGUACUUUUAGCUUUACAUUUGGUCUCUGGUAUUGAGUUGCGCGAGGGGCUUUUGCUCGUCUAUGUAGUGCGUGGCGGCGUGGUGGGCUUUAGUUUGAUAUCGUAGCCGGCCUGCCGCGCUGCUCCUCGACAAAGGGCCCAGCGGCAUACCAAACCGCCGGGCAUUUUUCACAGGGGUGCCCAAUGCGCUGUCAUUUCUCGACCUGUAUCCCGGGGGCGAUCAGGAUGAUCGGCGUGCUUGGCCAAGGGGGGCAAUAGGCGCCCGGCUGGUUACGCUUCGGCCCGGGCUCUAUAGAGCUAAAGGGUGGCGCUGCGUCUUCGGCAACGGGCUCGCCGACCGCAGCAGAUGCAGGACAGGGCCCGCGGCGCCAGACGAAUAGGCGACCACUGAAACAGAGCAAGGCGCGCGGAAGUCGUCGGGCUUCCAGGUUUAUGUGCAUGGGAUCACAGAGAAGCGCAGGAGCGCCCAGGCCUUGCCGCAUGGUGUUGCGCAGGAAAGGCGUAGCUUUUCACUUGCGUGCCCGUCCCCGUGCUCCGCGCCGCGUCCUUGGCUGGCGCUUGUGUCGGGGUGGGUUUCGAGGCACCGCAAGCGGAGCACGAAGCACCGCAACAAGCUCCCCAACUGUUUCGACAAGUACCCAACGCAGCAAGCACAUAAAUGCCGCCCAAAACAGCGCCCGCAGUCUCUUCGCGGUCCGCGUCUUUAUUUAUGCGCAACACGGAGAGGCUUGCGGAUGACGGCAAACAAAGGAGGAGGGGAACCCACGGAGGCCAAGAGGUGAAAGGCGGAGGGAAUGCACUCGGGCGGGGGGCUCUACCAAGCCGCAGCGUGGGCAUAUAAGAGGGCGGCGUGAGGUCAGUGGGCUGGCUGCGCUUGCGUGGUGUGGUAACAAACUGAACCAGGGGGCAACUUGGAAAGAGAGGCCUGGAAACCUCUCCGCAAAGUUUGCAGGCUCUUGCGUGCAGUGCUGGCCCUCGCGCACUUCUUGCGCGCUUCCAAGCAAGACCGCAGCGAAGCGUAUGCGGUGCCCGUCUCCAAUAAGCAGCUUCGCCUCGUAGGGUGUCGCUGUAGCUUGGCGGGGGCCGGUAGGGCUCGCCUCUCUCUUCUUCUUUGAAAGGGCGCAGCAUACCUAGCAGGGGCCCGCGCUUUGCGCACUUCAUCAGCGUAGCGGCCGGGCUUUCGCGGGGGGUGGCUAUAUCUCUGCUCGUCGGGCAAUUCAUUGGCAGGGGGCCCGCGUGGUGGCUCCCAAACCGCUGAGGGCCUGUGGGUCUUGCCCUUACAAAAAACAGAAGCCCUGGCCGCGCCAGAUAUGACCGAGCGACAGGAGAUGGACCGACGCCGAAGACUUCGGCUGGCGCAGUGCCCAGGGCUUCGGCGCGCGAGUUGGAGUGCCGCAGCUUCAGGGCUACCCAGCCAGGCGUGUGCGUGGGGUUUUUCAAAGGUUGGGCAUGCUGUUGCGGCUCUCCUUGGUCUUGGUUGUUUGCCUUGGUCGCGCUUCGGCUGAUCGAGCAGAAUCUCUCGCACAGCCGUCAGACUGCCGCGGAUCUCUCUCCCUGUGUGCGUGUUUGUUAAGCAGGGCCGUUGCUGGUUGGCCCCGUAAGUAUCUCCUUGGGGUGGGCCGCGGCGGUCUUCUUCGGUUGGGUGGCUACUCAGGUGAGCCCAAACAGCACCACGGGGCGGGUCGCCUCAGUAGAUGUGCGUGGCGACGCGUCUGGGCCUUCUACUUUCUUUGCUUUCAUUCUUCUGUUUCUCAUGGAUUUCUUUCAAGUCAUGAGGCAGCUGAGGCCGGAUGUCUCGUGCCCAGCGCAGCUCGGUCUCUUGUAUGUAGAAGUCGCCGGUUUGAGUCACUCGGGCCUUCAAUUGUAUAACCCGUCCCCUACCUCUCAGCCGCGACGUAGUGCAGCAGACUUUUGCUGAUCUCCCGGAGGAGGGCGCAGUUGCUACCCAAUCGAGUGGUGAGGAGUUGCGUUCAGUUUUGAUCAUCAUGAGGCAUGGAGACCGUAAACCAAAGGAAAAACUCAAGUUCCGAACACAUCAUCCCGUAUUCCUGCAGUAUGUAUACAACGGAUUGACUGCUGGUGAAAAGGAUAGAGAAUCCGGGACGACACAGGAGGCGGGCGCGGAAAAAAGUAUGGUGGACGUCGGUUUCUUAAAUCCUUCUAAAAUUUAACCUUUGUCUUUUACUUUUUUUACUUCGUGCCUCUACUAGCUAGGGCACAACGUAAAUGGUGCUUUCAUUGUUCUAAUUUUCGCGCAGUAGCAGCGGGGGAUGACACCAAUCAAGGUGGUGGAGACAAGCCUGCGACAGGCACUGGAACUGCAAUAGCUGUAAGUCCCACUUCUGCAGCUGGUGCCAGUGGUUUCGAUAAUACCUCUACUACGUCAGCCUCCCCGCCUGGCUCUUCUGCCUCUGCGCUAAAGACUGUAGCAGAGAUUAUGGGUGUAGGGAAUGCAUCUCCAGAGCCAUCUCGAAAAACAGGGUGAGAGGAAAAAGGCACCCCGAUGGCCCCCGAGAUGAAUUUCCUAUACCUCUAAAGAGAGCAGAGCGAAAGUCGAUGAUGCUUUGAACGUUUCCAGCCCUAUGAAGCCAGGAGUCAACAGUGCAGCCCUGCAGUUCACCAAUGACACGGGGCCAUCAGUUGGUCUCAUGGCAAGACGGCCUUUAGUAGAGCCAGGGUCUGGCGCAAGCUCUGCUAGCAACAGCAAAAGCAAGCCUGGGAUUCGAAGUCCGGAGAAUACCCUAGAUCUCGACCGCAUCGUGCAUCGUCCAGUUAAGGAUUGUAAGUUGACCUCUUCUCCAAUGGGGAAUCGGGACGGCAGCUUGAGCCUCGAGAACGACACUGGAUACGAUGACUCGGAUUUGAUAGCUAGGGGACGCGAUAACGAUGACAGUAGGGAGAUUUCGGAAGGAAAAAGGACUAGUGUCGUGGAUCUUGCUUGUGGGGCAGGAGCUACGGUCAGUGCAGGGGCCGUUGCUAUGGUCUAAGAAACAUCAACUUGAUUUUUGAUGAGAGUUAUUUUACUACGAAUGCUCACGGAGAAGGAUUUUACUAGACUAACUCAUAGUACUUCUGGGGAACCACUUAUAUAUAAGUACUUAUUAUCUUGAACUUGAUGAUGUUGAAAGUUAUAGCUAUUUCUCUUUUCGUCUCCCGUUUCAUACUCCUCGCAGCCUCUACGACUGUUACGGACCCUCGUAGAGGUUCUACGUCAAUACCUGGCAUCGUCGAAGCGGGUCGAGUCACGCCAGGUACCUCAGGUGCAACGCCAGCUGAUGAGCGCAGUGAAAGCGGCUGGAGGCCUUAUCUCGCCAAGGAAGAUACCAGAGAAAUCUGCAUCAAAAGUGUAGAGGACUUGAAACAGCUCCUAGGAGAAGUAGAGGGUAUCAUUCAGGAAUUGAACGACUCGCUGACGCAUUUGGGUGGCGGCCCAUUGUCUGGAACGCACCCUGUGCAGAGGGAGAAGACGAAUAUGGAGCUUCUGCGUGAAAUUCUCUGCUUGCACGACAAGUUCACAGGUCUGAACAGAAAAGUGCAGUUAUGGUUAUAUUGGAGAAAAUUCAACUAA